CCCAGUCCUUGUUUCCAUUUCUUAGUGUCCUCCCUAAAUGCGUGACACCAUCAUCGCCCCUCGACGACGGCCAACUUUUAUCACACUCGUUACAAGCCUUUACACACCUUGAAAUACACGCUCGUUAAAUAUUGAAACCUUCCACCUGACCUUCAAACGUCCGGAGACACAUGAGCAUCUUCUAGCGACCCGAGUCGCGAACCUGGAUCCUGCAACUACUCCUCCGUCCUUACGAUCAACAUGCUUCUCCCGAUAGGAACCACGCUCCUUGCAUUCGCCAGCGUGAUUUCAGCGCAGAUAACCGAUCCAAAUCUAACGGGGACAUGGUCGAGUAAAGCGAAAACAGUGUUUACUGGUCCGAGUUUCUACGAUCCGGUCGGCGAGAGAUUGAUCGAACCGAAACACCCGGGCAUUUCCUAUUCCUUUUCCGACGAUGGACAUUACGAGGUGGCUUAUUAUCGGGCAAUCCCAAACCCUGUGCAACCGAAAUGUCCCAAGGGGAUUAUGCAGUGGCAACAUGGGACAUGGACGAAAUACGAGAACGGCUCCCUCGUCUUGACGCCGCUAGCCAUCGACGGAAGACAAUUGCUCUCAAACCCCUGCAAGUACGAACACGCAAUCUACACUCGAUAUAACCAGAGUGAAUUAUUCGAGCGCUACGAAGUUCGAACGGACCCAUAUCACAACGUUAUGCGGUUAAACCUCUUCCAAUUCGAUGGCUCGCCUCUCAUGCCUCUCUACCAGGAGUACACAUCACCCCUGAUGCUCCCCGUCCAGACCCUCAAUCCCACCUCCACCUCCACAGGGGCAGGAACGCAAAAGACGGGAAGCAAGUUCAGGCGGUCAGUGGGCGAUGAGAGGGUCUUCCAGAAUCCCGUUCUUCCGAGGCAGAACCAAAUGUCGUUGGCUGACAAAUGGUGGUGGAUUGGUGUGGGAAUGACGGGGCUUGGAGGGGUGCUGUACUUGUGUUUCUAAUGGCGCGAACGAUUUGUAUAAAAGAAGCGCUAGUUGUCAUUCCUACUCGGCGUACUGACAUGCGUUGUUAUGUGGCGUUUCAGGACUUACACAGGCGGUUUUGGAACCGUUGCAUGGCCAGGAUUUCGCAUUCUGGUGCUGGU